AUGUCAGUUCGCGGUGAUUUCAAUAACGUUUUGGCUGGGGGUGCCGUCACUCAGAUGUAUUUUGUCGAUUCUUACGUCAAGGUCGAGGGGGAACGCCUAGAUUGGCUCAGACGAAACCAGGCAGAGCUGCAUGUUGAGCGCUACUGUGGACUGAUGGAUUACAUCAACAAUCGAGUGGAGAGAGAAAAUUUGGAAGUUGGCUCGAUCUACAUUCUCCCUUCGUCUUUUAUUGGCAGUCCUCGAGCCAUGAAACAAAAUUACCAAGACGCUAUGGCAAUUUGUGGAAAAUUUGGCAAACCGACUUUAUUUGUGACGUUUACCUGCAAUCCCAAGUGGAGGGAAAUUGUUGCUAAUAUCCCAAACUACUUGACGGCUUCCGAUCGUCCCGAUAUGGUCGCGAGAGUAUUCCACUUGAAGAAGAAAGAGUUGGUCGACGACAUCGAGAAAAAGCAAGUAUUGGGUUUCACCGUGGCCAGAUUCGAAGUCAUUGAAUUUCAGAAACGCGGACUGCCUCAUUGCCACAUGCUGGUGUGGGUCGACAGCCGCGACGCUCCUUCGACACCAGAGGAUAUGGAUAAGACCAUCUGCGCUGAAAUUCCCGACAAGACACUCUAUCUAAGACUUUACGACUCUGUUAUGGCUCACAUGAUUCACGGUCACGACUGCAGCAACAUUGAAUCGAAAACUGGAACGCAUCAUCAGCUUGGAGCAGAAAACGAGCAAGUUUUUGUUUGGGACGAAAUCUCCACCUUUACGGACACCCGUUACGUCAGCGCACCAGAAGCCGCCCAUAGAAUCUUCAAGUUUCCUCUCAGCGAUCGUUCUCAUACCAUCACCCGACUAGCCGUGCAUCUGCCUCUUGAACAGUCCAUCUUUUUCCAACCGGGCAACGAGGAACAAGCAGUCAUCAAUGCCGCGACCAAGGAAACGACGUUAACUGCUUGGUUCAUCUUGAAUCGGGAUAAUGAAGAAGCGAGACAGUCGGGUGGUCGUAAUUAUUGGAAACCUCGAAGACGAAAUAUUAAAAUCAUAGGCCGCUUAUAUACCGUGGGCGUCCGUCAAGUUGAGCGAUACUGCCUUCGCUUGCUCCUCCUCAACGUCAGAGGAUCAACCAGCUUUGAAGAUAUCCGCACGGUCAACAGUGUCCUUCUACCGACGUUUAAAUCAGCCGCUUCUGCUUUGAAUUUGCUGGAGGACGACAGUGUUUGGGAGAAUACUUUGGACGAUGCCGCCGCUUUUGAAAUGCCGGAGCGAUUGAGACAACUCUUUGUCAAUGUCUGCCUCUUUUGCAAUCCCAACGACGCUCUUCAUCUCUUUGAUCGGAUAGAAAAGAGACGAUUGGGUGAACUGAUGGUUACUCAAUUGAACGAAGGUCAACGAGCCGGUUAUGAUCAAAUCAUGGCUGCCGUCAACGACAACAACAACUCAGUUCCCCAUCAGUAUUUUUUGGAUGGGCCUGGAGGUACUGGCAAGACCUUUUCGUACAACACUCUGAUCACCGUUCUCCAAGGCCUAGGGAAGACAGUCAUCGCCGUCGCUUUUACCGGCAUCGCUUCUACGUUGUUGAUUGACGGCACAACGUAUCAUUCCCAAUUUAAGAUCUACCCUCCAAUUACCGAAGUUACCAGAUCGAAAAUUGUAGAUGACAGCCCUCUGGCUAAUUUUAUUUCAAGUGCCGCUCUCAUCAUUUCCGGCGAAGCCACCAUGAAGACAAAUCACGCUCUCGACGCUUUUAAUUUCCUCUUUCAAAAAUUGGAAAAGAAAAAUUUACCUCAUGGUGGAAAAGUCCUUCUUCUUGGUGGUGACUUUCGUCAAUGUUUACCAGUCGUCCGACAUGGAAACAGGGUGAAGGUGGUGGAAGCUACAAUCAAAAAUAACGCAACGUGGCCUCUGUUCCGUCAUCUUCGUCUAACCCAGAAUAUGCGUACCGUGGCCGGCAAUCAAGACUACGCUGACUGGCUUAUUCAGCUUGGAAACGGUACUCUGCCAACGAUUAUAAGACUUAACAAUCCCGAUCUCAUCGAAAUUUCUGCCGAUUUUCUUGACUUUGUACGGAAUUUGAUUGAGCAUGUUUUUUGUGUUGCUGCUCUGCUUUCGGAUCCCGAGGUCUCUCAGCAGAUUUGCAGUCGAGCCAUUCUCUGUCCAAAGAACGAUGAAUGCUUACGGAUCAACAAUCAGAUCAUCAAAGACAUGCCUGGAAUAGUGCAUCAGUACAAAAGCAUCGAUAAGAUUGACUCGGACGAUCCUGAAGAAAUUGCCAAUUAUCCAACCGAGAUUCUCAACACCUUUAACGUGUCCGGAAUUCCCACUCAUGUGCUCAAGAUGAAAGUGGGAGCCAUCAUCAUUCCGCUCAAGAACAUUGAUUCGCGUAUGGGUCUCUGCAAUGGCACCCGUCUCAUCAUCAGAGCACUCAGAGAAAAUCUGAUCGUUGCAGACAUAGCUGCCGGCAAGAACAAGGGUCACACGGUUUACAUCCCGCGAACGACGUUGUCACCCACCGAUUCCGAUCUUCCUUUCAUCCUCAAGAGACUCCAAUUUCCUGUGCUGUUGGCAUUUGCCAUAACCAUCACCAAGUCACAGGGCCAGACUUUUGAUCGUGUCGUCAUUUUCCUCCCGGAGCCUGUCUUUUCUCACGGUCAGCUGUAUGUGGCUUUUUCACGUACAACAUCGAAAGAAGGUGUGAAAGUCGAAAUAGCUGAAUCUGCAAAGCAAGGACGGCUUUUGAGAAAUCACCUGACAGUUCCCAUGUGCGCUCAACCGUGA